UUUUCCAUUCAAAUUGCACAAUUAUUAAUUAUUCUAAUAAAACAGUGAGUACUAUAUUUUGUAUCGGGCAGAGGAAAUUUAAAUAAUGCCAAGAAGACAUAACUGAAGAGGUGCCUUUGUGCGGAAAAGACAUAUCCUUUAUUAGUUCUAACAAAAUAAAAACCGGCGUGAUGAAACAAAAUGACGAAAAUUUGGCGCGCUAUACUGAUUUAACCAUUAUGUCCAAAUCUAUGGAGUCUACUCCUUCAACACCAUGUCACCCUGUUAAUCCUCUUCAGUUAAGCGGUUUCUUGAGUGGUGACACCAUUCAAGUCCAAGGCGACACUGCCAAUUUACAGUUCUCUAUUCAAUUCAACUUUCAUCACAAAGAAGAUUACUACAAUGCUGUUCCUUUUCCCGAUUUAAAUCCCGCGGAAAUUCAAACCCCGUUUGAUCCCAUGUCUAGUCCAUCUUCAUACGCGACUCCUGAUUCCAUUUCAACCCCUGAUAAUAAGGAUCAAGAACACAAUUGGACCAUCCAAAAGCAACAAGGUAAUAAUGAUAAUGGUGAAAGAGGCAUCAUUGUAACAAGGUUGAGAAGUGGAAUUUUGUCUCCUGUGGAUUAUUCUCCUCGCAGUUAUAGGGUGUUCCAAGGCGCUUUGAUUCCAAGGAACAGAAAAAGGAGGAAAAAUAAAGGUAGAGGAGAAGUGGAUUUGUUGGAAAGAAUUCUUGAACGGCGUAGUUAUCCAAUUAAGCCCUGCAAUUCUUACUCUUUCUUUGUGAUGGCAACUUGGGAUAAGGUCAAGCAUUCUUCAUUUGGAGAAACAAGCAAAAGGUUGAGUAAGAUAUGGUCAAAACUCUCUCAUGAUGAAAAGAAGGUGUUUCAAGAUAUGGCUUCCAAAGAUGAUUUAAGGUACAAGAGGCAAUGCAUUUUACUGAGAAACGAUGCCCAGGAAGAGGCAAGAAUCAAUGAUCAGAACACAGAUGUGAGUUUGUAAAGAAACGGGAUACUGAAUAGGAGUAAUUC